AUGACCUAUGAUGGAUAUUGGAAGGAUAAUUCUAGAGUAGGCAUUGGUGAACUAAUAUGGAGUGACGGACAUCGCUAUAAGGGUCAAUGGAAAGAUAAUGAACGAUCAGGCUUGGGUGUGAUGCAAUGGCCGAAUGGACAACGCUAUAUAGGAGCAUGGUUAAACAACAGACAAUAUGGUGAGGGUAUUCAAUUCUAUCCAGAUGGACAGAUGUAUCGUGGCACAUGGCAAAACGACCUUCGAUCCGGCCUAGGUAUUCAAAUUGAAACCGAUGGUGCCAAAUACGAGGGUCAAUGGUGGUCUGACAUGAAAGAUGGUAAUGGUACCUACACGGACAAAGACGGCAAUAAAAUUGUAGGUAUCUGGAAGAGUGACGCACUACAUACAGUACUUUUAAAUGUUACUCUUGAACUUUAA